CAAAGAUUGGGAAAAUGUUCAGAAUAUUGCUGCAACAUUCUGCAUUUUGAUUUAAGGCUAAAUUAGUUGACAUAGAGGGUAUAAAUUGUGAAAAUUUAAACAGCAGAACGCAAUAAAAGUGAUCAUUUGAAACAGAAUACACACAAGCAAGCAAGUUUAAUUGGAUCACCAAAGAAUAGCACAGUAAUUGCUUAAUGAAUCUAAUAUAAACAUUUUGCUAUCAAAACUCAAUUGAUUUUUAUGUUUUCUCCUACUUAUACAUCGGUAUAAAUAAUCGAAUACAUUUAUUUCAAUUUGAUAAAACGAGUCAACUGAUUGCUAAUGGUACAACUAAUUCAGCAUACGAAAUGUUUUAAUUCCAUUUUGUACCUUGUGCCAUACUAACUUGUUCCAGAUUUUUGGUAGUCAGAAAUGUUUUAUUUUGACAAUCAUAUGUUUUAAAAAGUGAAAAUAUACUAAACACUAUUUUCAAUUAAAAACAAAAAUUAUGUCUGACGAAUACAGUGUAGUUUCAAAAAGCAAACUAAAGUUAAAAAAUGAUUCGCAGUUAAAAAAAAAGAAAAAGAAGUCUAAAGACAAAGAAAAGAAAGUGGAAGCUCUACAUAACACUGCUAAGGAAUAUUUGAAAGAAACUGAAAAAAAGAGUGGAAACCUAGAAGGAGCGGAACGUAAGUUAACUAAAGCUGAGAAAGCAUUUAAACAACAGCAGGAAAAAAUGCGUAACAAACGUAUAAUGGAAAGAGCGUCCACUACCCACAAGGAACGUGUAGAGAAAUUCAAUGAACAUUUGGACACAUUAACAGAGCACUUUGACAUCCCAAAAGUAUCUUGGACUAAAUAAAAAUAUGAAAAUUUUUUG